UAUACAUUUCAAUAUGGAGGACUUUAGCGUAAUUACUCUCAAAGACCCAGAAUUAAGGAAAAUUUGGUGAACCGAUAGCGGGAAAACGAAUUGUUUGUGCAAACAUAGCAGCAGUGAUGUCUAGUAAAGAUGGAAACGCUGAUAAAGAGGUACCAAGUAGCUCAAGAAAAACUCCACUCUUGGGAGCAAGAGGUUUGUAUAUAAAAUCAGGUCGUAAAGUUGCUUCACUUUGCAAAUUGAUGGGUGUAGGAGUGUUUCCCGUUCAUCAAAGACGCUCCAAUUGGGUGUUGUAAAACCACAGCCAAAGUAAUCACAACAAACCUAAGGAAGACAUUACAUGGAGCCUAAAAGAAUGCAAAGAAAAUCAGGGAAACUGCCUGAUGGGUAGUACAAAGCAAAUGGCGAUUUGCUAGUUUUCUGAAUUAAUCACGUAGCAAAUUAAAGCAAAACUAAGCAAUCCUAGAUUACUCUCGCCUCUCCAUUUAAAAUUUCUCCGUAGAGUUUGGUUUGUGGUGAUUUCAUUUUACAUUGCAAAAUGCAUACAUGUACAUGUAUACAAAAAUCAUCAGCUCCCCUUAUGUUACAUUUUUUUCAGCAUUGUUAUCAAGACAACUCAAUAAUACAUCCCCAAGGUAUGGCUAAUUGGAUAUUGCGGGAAAAUGUGAUUUAUCAUGCAAUAAUUAACUCAAUAGGGAUUGUUCACUGCUAUAAAUAAAAACAUGUAUGCAAGAAUACUCAAUCACUUUUUAGUACAACUAUAGUGAUCCAGCUGUUUUGGGGUUAUAAUUAAUAAUACCAGUAAUAUAAUAAUGAUGAUGAUGAUAAUAAUAAUACUAAUAUUUAUAAUACUUUAUUGUUUUACAGCCCUGGUAGACUACCAUCACUCAGACCAGCUAGAGAUUUGACCCUUGGAGCUACACCUAAACUUUCUUUCAGUUCAACGCCAAAGGUGAAUCUUAGUUAUUUUGAAAUAAAUUUUUAAAUGGCAGUCUUGUCUACCAGUAAUUAGGUUGAAAAUGCAAAUUCAAAAUUGCUUGAAGAAUAAACUAAUAAUUAUUAUGUAAGAGAUGUGAAGAUGUGGAGAUUUAUGUUUUCUUGGCUUAUUUUCUCCCAAACAUUUGUUAGUAUAAGUUUCCAAGUACAUAUCCUUGACUCAUAGCAGCAUUAUCCUUUUGUUUUUAUUACUGUGCAUAUUAAAAUUUUGAGUGAGUGUAUCCUAUUCUGCUCUGAGAGUGGGACUAUAUUUUUUCAUAGAAAAAAAAUCUGCAUUUGUUUUGGAAAUCAUAAAAUGACAGGUUGUCAACAUUAGGAGAGUUGUUUUUCAUGUGUAACCGCUGUUAUUGCAAGUGUAUUUCCCUUAAAAAAGGCUGUAAAAUUCAGUGCUAGGGAUAUUUAAAUAAGCAAAUUUAUCUAAAAAUAAUGAAACUUUGUUGUUGUUGUUUAAUGUGGCUUUCAUUUAAAAUUUCAGAGGACAUUCACUCCAAAUAUACCCACCAGGAGGAUUAAACAGGAGUAAGACACUAAAAUCAUAAAUGUUAAGAUGAUUGAUUGGAGUUUAAUUUGGACUGAUCAUAAAUGUAGCCUGUCUUAUGCAAAAUUAAACAGUCUGACUUGUUAACUGAGGAAUGUGAUUACAGAGAAAUACUUUCACUAGCACGUACAAUAAAAUAGUUGUUUUGUUUUCUUUGAAGCCAGGAAGUAUGAGCUAAGCAUACAUGUACAGUAGUUGGCUGAGGGCACAAGGCAAAGAUAUCUCUUUACCAAGCUUGCAGGCCAUGUAAUGAGUUAAUCCAUUGAAUGUCUAGUUUUAUGUUUUCCUAAAUAAUUUAAAUUUAAAUGUUGAUGAAACACAGAGCAAGAGAAUGUGCAAAUGACACACACUGCCUAGUUAAAGCAUGACAUAUAAAGUAUCCAUUAAGAGCUCAAACUGAACAGUUGAUAUUACCAACUCAGACUGAUCAGAUGGUUAUAUGAGCAUCUCUAACUUGCCUUGUCUAGCCAAGCAAACACAACCAAAAAUGUUCAAACCUCAAUGACACUAUUUUUUUCUGGCUGGUUAAUUCACUGUCCUUUCUCUAUUGUUCCCAUUUAGACCAAAAGAGGAAUCUGCCAAAUCACCAGGGGUAAGGUUAAAGAAAGCUGUUGCUAUCGGUAGUUUGGAGCAAGUUCUUAAUUUUUAUUUAGUUUAGUUUUAAUUGCUGUAAACCUCGAAAUAUUGUAAGUUCCGGUUUUUUGUAGCAUGUGAUGAAAAAAAAUGAUUUAAAUUACAAAAUUGUUUGAGGUGCAUAGCUUAAGAUAAACAAGGGAGAUCUUUUAAAUGUUUGCUUUUUUUGUUAGAGGUCAGAAGAGAGAAGACGACAAGAUGGAGGAAGGGGAAGAGGCCGUGGGGAGGGUAGAGGACGAGGCAGAGGGCAUCGAGGCAAACCAAACAUUAUCCAGGCAUCUUCAGUUUUUUCAAUGGGAGUGGGCCCUGUUGAGAAACAGAGAAUUGGUGAGCUGGAAAGCGUACUUGAUUAAGUGAGACCUUUGGGAUGAUUGUUGAGAAACAGAGAAUUGGUGAGUUGGAAAGCUUACUUGAUUAAGUGAGACCUUUGGGAUGAUUAUGUUACAGUAUAUUUUUCUACAUGUACAUGUCAAUGGAAAUCAAUAUUUGUGGCAAAUUGUAAUUUCUACAGUGAUAUUUUGAUUUAUAUUUUGAAUCAAGGGCAAGGAAGUUCUAUUCCAGAUUAUGGAGCAUCUGGAACAAGAGACAGUCAUCCUGGUGUAAAAAUUAAGAAAGAAGGGUACAACAUGUAAGUUGUUUUUCUUCUAGGUAUUAAACCAAAGAAGGGUAUAUUAAACCUUGUGUCUUAUCUGUAGUGGCCAAAGCAAAUUUGUAUUUUUAUUAUGCCAUGUCUCAUUUAUGCAAUAUAUCUGGCCUUGGUUGUUCGGCAUCAUCCGUUAUGCCCUAUACAUUCACAAUUAGGACCCUGGAGCAAGUAACCAGUUCACUACAUCAUUCUCAAAGAAAUGAUUUUAUUAUGUACAUGGUGCUACUACUUAUCCCAAAAGGUGGAAGGUAUAGCUCAAGCCAGAAACUCUGUGCUGGUGGAGCAAAGUCAUUUGUCUAAAGUAGCUCAUUACACGAACAUAUGUCUUACUUAUGUUUGCCAAGGUACCAUCACUUUAAGAGAGUGUCAUGUAAACACAAAAUUAAUGUUGCAGGGGUAAUGAUGAUGAAGAAGAAUCAAGAAGGGUUCUCAAGAUGCUAGAAACAAGUGUAAGACUCAGAAUGAUAUCAUUUCAUGACCACUAUUUACCAACUUGAUCAUGUAGUUUUAAUAUUUGUGUACAAUUUCCUAGUAAUAUUAUAACUGUAACCAUCAGUUGAAAGUGAUUUGACCUAUAAUGAAGCUGACUUGCAAAGCAACAUGCGAUCUCAGUGAUCAUGAUUACUCAAUAUUAUAACAAUAUGGAUGCAUGUAAAUGUUGAUUCAGGGCUAUUAGCCUAACCUUAAUGCAAAGUGUUUUAACAGCACAAUGGAUCCAAAAGGGAUAUUUAGUUUUAAAAGAGCAUCUGAUUGGUUUGGAGGGUGGCACAAAUCUUUAAAUCAAUCAUGAAGGGAAGUGAAGCAAAACAGUCCUAGGUUACCUUCCAAACUCAGUUGGAAAUUGCUCUGACUUCAUCAUGCAGACAGUUCACCAGUGAGCCUGGUCUUGAGGUGUGUGAGCCAGUUUUUCUGACCUGGGUUAAAACACAGUUUUACAGAACAUGGGCACACAUACAUGACGAUUUUUGGUAAAAAUCUGAUUGUGUGAAAUCAUUUGACAUUGUACAAUGUAGUAGAUGUUGAAAGAUACCCAUAGGUCUGAUCAGUUACAUGCAUUCACUCAUGACUAUUUUUUGAUUAAUGGUAAUUAGGGCGAUAUCAAUGAUGAUAUGGACGGUGAAUCUGGCAUCAUGCCCGUACAGUUGCCACUGUCCUUUCAUGCAGUGAGGAUGAAUGAAAAGCAAACUGAGUGUGCCACAAUGCAGGAUGACAUGAAAGGUGCAGUAGAUACAUUUGUUUACUUUCAACUUGGCUCUGCCUGUGGUUAAGUUCACAGCAAUUACUAUUGGGUGACGUGAAGCAUGCUAUGAUUCGGGUUCCUAGAAUAAGGAAGACUAUAUUGAAUGUUCGCUUACCGUGGAGUCUCUGUGGCUCAGUGGUUAGAGCGCGGAAUCCGAAGGUCAGAGGUUCGAUUCCUCAUGGGGACUCAGAAUUUUUUCUUUGUCUGGCACGCUCGUGACAAGACGGAAAAAAAUCUUUCUCUAGUUUUUAUAUGUAUUCACACAAUGCCUGGGAUAUUACUGAUCAUAGCAGUGUGCAGGAUGCUUGUCUCAUAAUGAACCUAUUUCCCAGCCUAUUUUCAGCUUUCAGGUGUUUGCAUUUUGUUUUCUUUAAUGGAAAAAUUCAAAAGAAUUAUGUCGUUGACGUCGGCUGAAGUAUUUUAUUUUCAGUUUCCAUUAACCCACCCAUGUAUUUUCGCGCGACUCUAUUUGUUACUUUAUGUCGCUUGGUAUUAAAUCGCCGGAUAGUUAUCACGUAAUAACCCUCGUUUACGUCGAUAUUUGCCCUGAUAAAUAAACAAAGCCAGCGCGAAAAAAAACGAACUCAGGAGUUCACUUUUUCAUAUUUUUCAAUGCUGCUCCGGAAAGCACAAAAAAGUCAGCAAAUUUACUGUCAACUCUCGAUACGAAAAGUAAUGGUGGAAUUUUACAUUUACCCUGAAAGCUUCGCUUCUCGGCCAAAUAUUCAUUUUUCAGACAAUAUCUCGACCGCGGAAAUUAUCAGCCGACAUACCAGCCGUUUGAAGGGAAUUAUUUACUAAAUAUUGUUUUGCAAAUUAGUGAAAAGUGAGCUCAUGGAUGUGGACAGUGUUGAUUCAGGAAAAGCCCCUCCUUUGGAAACAAUGAAGAAACCAGUGAAACAAGUAGCAGUGAAGAAAGAAACACAGGAUGAAGCGAAUCUUUCCAGUCUCUUGUCAGCAACAUCGAUGGUACGGAUGAAACCGAUAAAAGGAUAAUUUAAGAUUACUUCUCUGACCACAAGCAAGCACUUUACUAAAGUCCCUCUGUUAUUUUAGUAAUUUCGUUUAGUGUAUUUCUACAUGUAAAUGAUAUCUCCAUGCAGUAUUUGUACUUGCAUUUCGCUCUAUUUCUUUUUCACAUUUUACUGUAGGCACACACACACUGUAUAUAUUUUUAUCAGUUGUAUUAUGCAAGACAGUAACCAGGAUGAUCAAAAUGUCUUUUUUUCAGGGAGAGCGUAAGUUACUAUUUUUUCAAUUUCCUGAUGUGAUGCCCAUCAGACCACCCCCCAGUAACCAAGAUGAGCCAAUGACUACGGAGGGAACAUCCAGUGAACAAGCAGCUACAUCAGAAAAGGUUGGAUUUUACUUUGAAUGUGGUGUGGCCGAUCAUACUAAGUGAUCCUUAGAUUCAGGGACGAGUUUUACCGCAAGAUUUUUCCAAUUGUAAAGUUGAUCCUUGUGAAACAGUAUCGGCUUGGCAUACGAUGAAAUUUGGAAAAGUAUAUUUAACGUUCUUUGGGUAACUCUCAAAGCUUUACUCAGCCACGGUUACUGUUUAUCGUUUAACUAAUAUAUACCAAGAUUCAUCGCAUUCUCUAGAAAAAUAUUUAUAAGAACUCGGUCAUGUCCAGAACUUGGAUAGUAACAAUGUAGUUAUUGCUUUCUUGCCACAAACAUUUGAAAGAUCUCGGUCAUUCAACAUUUCCAGACGAGUUUCGCAGAACACAAUAUAACUAAUCUGAGUGACUGCUUUCCCGCUUAAAACACUUGAAAGAACUCUGGGAUGUAGCAUUUGCAGACACAUUUGUCAGAGGGCGUGGCUAGACUAGAACUUAACCUCAUCUGCUGAAAGCAGCUAUUUAGAUCAACUGGCUAGAAUCAAACGAUGCGGCUUUAUACUAAACUGGUUGUCAAAAUUGAUAAAAUUACUCAGCAAAUAACCUUAUAAUCAACGGAAAUUAACCUAGAACUAUAAAUUAAAUUUCCUCAAUGGAUAAUAAUUAUUGUAAUGUGAUUUUGAUGUUCAUGUGUAUAAUAUUUUCUUACUUUGAAGUCUAAAGAACCUCAAAGGCUGUCACUCAAGAAUGCAUCCGAGGGUUAUAUUGGUAAACUUCAGCUGUUGAGAUCUGGCAAAGCCAGGUAUGAGGAAAGAAAAUGUACCAUUUCGUCUCUGUAUCAUUUAUGCCUUUCAUAUACACCAUUCAUCUCCUAAAUCUUUUGCGCACCGUCAUUGAGGAAAAGUAAGCGGGCGCCGAUGACAUGCCUAUACAAAGUUAUGGUCGAACAAUAUCACUCCUGAAAAGAGUCUCUUGUGGCCAAGCUUGGAAGCAUCAGCAGACAUAUGACCAACCUUCCAACCCCUCCUUUUAAGAAAACAAAGCAAACUCAACAGAACUAAAGAAAUCGAGUCUAGAGAUAUGAUAAGUUGGUAAGGUUAAAUCAAUUAAACAUGAUGAGCUGGGAAAGCUGAUCAAAGUAGUGUAACGGAUAAAUGAGAAAAACAUAAACAUCCCUGGUGUGCACUGCCAGAAUGGGAGCUGUAACUGUAACGCAAAAAAUGUUUAAAAGAAUCGAAAAACAUUCAACAGUAAAAAUUUGCCGUUGUAGAUUGCUUUUGGGGGAUGUGGCUCUCGAUGUAACCAUGGGAACACCAUGUGGAUUUUUACAGGUAUGCUCUUUACUUUCUCUACUAAACAAACUUUGCAUAUUGUGACGUUUAAGUGCAUGUAGUGUUUUGGAGAAAAUGCACAGGAGUGAAACCACCUUAGAAUUAAAUUAGAGUGAUCACACAAGACCUCUUGUUAAAUUGUUAUAUGAGACUUUGUCGUGAGGUAUAGUAACAGGUUUUACAGGUCAAGUACCUACUGGGAUAUUAUUUGUAAGGAGAGGUGAACCCCUAUAGAGAUUGGUCAACAUUCUAAGGGCUCCAUAUCAAUUUCCAUCACAAAAGAAAGAUCAAAAACAGACCAAAAGAAGAAAGAAACCAACAAACCCAUGAUUCAUCAACCUAACAAAUCUGACUGUAUUUUUUACUUAGGACGUUGUCGCUGUUCACACGGAAGACGACAGGUCAGAGAUGGUGUGCCUAGGACAUACAAAUCAUCGCCUGAUAUGCACUCCAGACUUUGAGCAUCUUUUGUCAGCAUCCUGACUGUGCCCCAUGGGUAAUGAGAAUGUCUACCCAAGUGUUAAGUUUCCUGUCGGCGAUGGGUUUAUUAUAUCCACCGUCGGAUAGAAGAAAAGACGUUUUUUUCUUCUGAUGGGGAGAAUUUUUGUGAAAUUAGACGUCUUUUUGAACCACUCUCUUAUGGGGAAUGGCUCUGGUCUUGGUCCGGCCCACCCAAUACCAUUUUUUUGCUAAAUACGCCCACGUAUCUUAAAAUACAUUGUACCAAUUCAAUAGUAAAGAAAAAAGGCGACAACCGCAGCAACAACAACAGCGGAUUAAAAGAAUAAAGAAAGGAU